UGGCAAUAAGAGCAAUCUGGACAACUGAGGAUAACAAGCAACCUUGAACAGCUAAGCAACUCCGCAGAGAAAUCAAAAUAUUUUCCAUUUCCUUCAGAGAGCCACACAAGUCUUCACCUUCCUCAGCAAGUGAGAGAGAAACGAGAGAAAAUCAAGAGGAGAUUUCCAGGAGGGAAAAAUUAGAAUGUGAAAUCCAAAGAUAUGUUACACUAAAAACCAAGCGAGAUUAUUUUUCCAUUCAGCAAAAGAAUGGAAUAUCUGGAAGUUACUGUGGAGGAAAAGGUCAAUUGGAAAGCCACAUAGGGCAGACAAUGUUGCAGGCCUCACUCUGGGAGGAAGAAAACGUCUUGAAUCCAUAACUAAACAAGGUACCAUCCAUAUUUUUGACCUCCUCAGGAAUAUUAGUUGUAGAAAAGCUCCAUAGACAAAAGAUACAUCUUGCAAAUCAGAGCUGAUUAUGCCUGAGAGGGUCCAGACUGGAGAAAAGCCAUACAAUGCUCUAAAUGAGGCAAAACCUCUGAUCAGAACAACUCCAUUGUGGUUCUUGGAAUGACCCACACAGGAGAGAAGCCCUACAAGUGAACCAAAGGAAGUGAAUGUUAGCAAGCAUGGCAACGUGGACUCACACGGAGGAGAAACUGUUUGAAUGUCCUGAUUGUGAGAAAUGUUUUUGUGAUAAUUCCAACCUGAUGAUACACCAGAGGAUUCACACAGGCGAGGAACCCUUUAAAUGUCCUGACUCUGGGAAUAGUUUCAGUCAAAAUUCUCACCUCGUUUCACACCAUAGUACUCAUACAAGAGAGAAACCCUUUGAAUGUUCUGUUUGUCAGAAAAGUUUCAGUAAGAAUUCCAGCUUAGUGACACACCAGAGGACUCACACAGGAGAGAAACCCUUUAAAUGUCCUGAUUGUGGAAAAAGUUUCAGUCAGCAAUCCAGCUUGGUGACACAUCAAAGGACUCACACAGGAGAGAAACCUUUUGAGUGUCCUGAUUGUGGUAAAAGUUUUAGUCACAAUUCCAGCCUGGUCAAACACCAGAGGACUCACACAGGAGAGAAACCCUUUAAAUGUCCUGACUGUGGGAAAAGUUUCAGUCAGAAUUCCAGCCUAAUUGGCCACCAGAGGAUUCACACAGGAGAGAAACCUUUUAAAUGUCCUGAUUGUGGUAAAAGUUUCAGNGAUCUUUCCAGCCUGGUGAAACACCAGAGGACUCACACAGGAGAGAAACCCUUUGAGUGUCCUGAUUGUGGGAAAAGUUUCAGUACCAAUUCCAGCCUAGUGACACACCAAAGGACUCACACAGGAGAGAAACCCUUUAAAUGCCCUGAUUGUGGUAAAGGUUUCAGUCAGAAUUCCAACCUUGUAACACACCAGAGGACUUACAUCAGGAAGAAAUUGUUUGAAUGUCCUGAGUGUGAAAAAUGUUUCUGUGAUAAUUCCAACCUGGUGAUACACCAAAGGACUCACACAGGAGAGAAACCCUUUAAAUGCCCAGAUUGUGGUAAAGGUUUCAGUCAGAAUUCCAACCUUGUAACACACCAGAGGACUUACAUCAGGAAGAAAUUGUUUGAAUGUCCUGAGUGUGAAAAAUGUUUCUGUGAUAAUUCCAACCUGGUGAUACACCAAAGGACUCACACAGGAGAGAAACCAUUUGAAUGUCCUGAUUGUGAUAAAUGUUUCAGUACCAGUUCCAGCCUAGUUAGACACCAGAGGAUUCACACAGGAGAGAAACCCUUUGAAUGUCCUCAUUGUGGUAAAAGUUUCAAUACCAAUUCCAGCCUAGUGACACACCAGAGGACUCACACAGGAGAGAAACCCUUUGAAUGUUCUGAUUGUGAAAAAUGUUUCGGUGACAAUUCCAGCCUGGUUAGACACCAGAGGAUUCACACAGGAGAGAAACCCUUUGAAUGUCCUGUUUGUGGGAAAAGUUUCAGUAACAAUUCCACUCUUGUGACACACCAGAGGACACACACAGGAGAGAAACCCUUUAAAUGUCCUGACUGUGGGAAAAGUUUCAGUCACAGUUCCUAUCUCAUUGGCCAUCAGAGGAUUCAUGCAGGAGAGAAACCGUUUGAAUGUCCUGUUUGUGGGAAAAGUUUCAGUCAGAAUUCCCACCUCAUAGAACACCAGAGGACUCACACAGGAGAGAAACCCUUUAAAUGUCCUGAGUGUGGGAAAAGUUUCAGUCAGAAUUCCACCCUGGUUCAACACCAGAGGAUUCACACAGGAGAGAAACCCUUUGAAUGUCCUGACUGUGGGAAGAGUUUCAGUCAGAAUUCCACCCUGGUUCAACACCAGAGGAUUCACACAGGAGAGAAACCUUUUAAAUGCUUUGACUGUGGGAAAAGUUUUAGUCAGAAUUCCACCCUGGUUCAACACCGGAGGAUUCACACAGGGGAGAAACCGUUUGAAUGUUCUAUUUGUGGGAAAUUUUUCAGUCAGAAUUCCCACCUCGUGGAACACCAGAAGACUCACACAGGAGAGAAACUCUUUAAAUGGCCUGAUUGUGGGAAAAGUUUCAGCAAGAAUUUUAAGCUGGUGACACACCAGGGGACUCACAUAGAAGAGAGACCCUUUGAAUGUCCUGAUCUUGGAAAAGUUUCUCUUGGAGAUCCUAGCUCAUGUACCAGUGGACUCACACAGGAGAGAAACUGUAUGAGUGUCCUGUUUGUGGAAAACGUUUCAGCUGCAAUUCAAACCUGGUGACACACCACAGGGGAGAAACCAUACAAGUGUCCAGACUAUGGGAAAGAUUUCAGUAUUAGGACUAAUCUUCUAAAUCAUAUGCUUA